AUGUCUUCAACAAAUAAUGAAUAUAUAGCUCGAUUUCUAAGAGAAUUAAAAUGUGGUUCAAUAUUAACAAAAAGAAAACGUAAUGGAGAAAAGUAUUCCCGUCACUUCUUUCUUGAUGAACAUGAAUAUUUUAUAUCUUAUCAUCAAUCAGAAAAAGUGUUUGCACAACCAAAUCGUUAUUAUAUUCAUAAAAUGGAUGAAAUUCGUCCUGGUUUGCAAACUCGAACAUUUGAUCGACUUUUUAGACAUAAAAUUGUCGAACAAGAUGAUCAAACAAUAAUAAAAUAUCAAUCAAAUGAAUCUAUAUCUGAUUAUUCACUUGUUUCAAUUACUGACCGCAAACAAGUACAAAAAUUAAUCGAUGAAUUUGAAACAGAUGCCGAAUUACAAGAAAAUGGUCAACUUAGUCUCAAUGGCUUUCGAAACUUAUUAUUGUCUGACGAUUUUUCUCUGAUAAAACCAUGGUGUUCUCGUCAUAUUUAUCAAGAUAUGACAAGACCAUUGAGUGAUUAUUAUAUUAACACAUCACAUAAUACCUAUCUAUUUAAUAAUCAAAUAUUAGGAGAUAGUAAUCCUGAAGCAUACAAUCGAGCAUUAUGUGCAGGUUGUCGUGCAGUUGAAAUUGAUUGUUAUGAUGGUGCUAAUGGUCGACCAAUAGUUAAACAUGGCUAUACACUUGUAAAACCAUGUUUAUUUGAAUCUAUUAUUCGUUUUAUAGAACCAAAUCUUUUCAAAACAUCACCAUAUCCAGUUAUACUUGAUCUUGAAAAUCAUUGUUCAAUAGAACAACAACAUGAAAUGGCUCGUAUUCUACGACAAGUUUUCGGCGAUCGAUUAAUUACUGAACUUCUAUCUACACAUGAUUCAUUAGUAUUACCAUCACCAGAAGAUCUGAAAUAUAAAGUUCUUAUUCGAGGUGUAAAAAUACCAAGACCAACAACAAUUAGUAAAUUAUUCGAAAUAGGAGAAAUCGAUUAUGAUAAUAAUUUUUUCAAUCCACAAAGUAAAAUCAUUGAACAUCAUUUUGCUGAACUUAUUUAUUUUCAAAAUGUGUCCUAUCUUCAAUAUCAAAAUGAAAAAGAUAAUUGUUCAUGUUGUCAUUCACCAAAUCUUGCUGAAAAACAUUUUAAUCGAAUAUCACAAAACGAUUCAAUAGAUUUAAUUAAACAAACAACAAAAAGUUCAUUUCGAAUGUAUCCAGAUGGUUUUAGACAAGAUUCAAGUAAUCCUAAUCCAAUAAAUGCUUGGAAUUUCGGUAUUCAGAUGGUUGCAUUAAAUUUUCAAAAUGACGAUUUAAUGAUGUCAUUAUCUUAUGGAAAAUUUAUCGAUAAUGGUGGAUGUGGUUAUGUAUUGAAACCAAAAUAUUUAAUUAAUGUACAUGAAUAUCAAUUUAAUCCAUUUAAUUAUUUUAAAAAACCAUCUAUAUUACCAGUUAAUCUAUUUGAAUGUCCUCAACGUUUAACGAUAAUUAUAAUUAGUGGUCAAUUUUUAUCUCGAUCAAGUGAAACAACAAGAGAUAUUCCAGAUCCAUAUGUUGUUGUAUCAACACAUGGAAUGCCAUGUGAUCAACAAUCACAAAGAACAAAAUUCAUAGAAAAUAAUGGAUUUGAUCCAUUAUGGAAUGAAACAUUUCAAUUUGAUAUUUAUUUUCCACAAAUGUGUCUUGUUCGUUUUGAUGUUUAUGAUUAUGAUGUAUUUACAAGAGAUGAUAGACUUACUUAUUUUUGUUUACCAAUGACAACUAUGCAAACAGGAUAUCGUCAUGUUCAUUUGAGAGCUAAAAAUAAUAAUCUAACUUAUUCAACUUUGUUCAUACAUGUUUCUAUUGAAAAUCAUUAA